UGGAAUCAUUUCUCAUCAAAAACGCAGGUGUAGGAGGUUGUGCUAGUAGUAUUAAUAUAUAGCAACAACCAAAAUAUGGAGAGUUUUCUGUGGCCUCUAGUUAUCUUUCAUAUCAUCGUGGGCGUCGUUGGUUUGCCAGGUAACGCUCUAAUCAUUUUGGUGUAUGGAAGGAAACGACAGUUGAUGAGCCCGCAUGUCUUUAUCCUCGCCCUGGCUGUAGCGGACCUGAUGGUCUGCCUUUUUACCCCCGUCACUGUGUACCAUUGGUACAUCAGACUCAACUACACCAGUGACUUUCUGUGCCGUCUCGUCCUCACUGUGACCUUUGUCACCGUCUACAACUCUUGUUUCUUGACAUCUGCCAUUGCAGUGGACCGGUACCAGGCCAUCUGCCGGCCGCACCGGCGCUGGAUGACCGUUCGGCGCGCCAAAAUCACGGCGGUGAUGUGCCUCGUCGCUAGCUUGAUCACCAGUUUACCAGUGUACGCAUCGUUUGACGUAGAGCCCGAACAAGGUUCCCAAAGUGGAAUAUGCACAGUCGGUGGGGAAGUACCAGGCUGGGUGAAGUAUUUCAUGUACAGUGUUGUCCUCUUCGUCACUGUGUUCUCUCUGGUUGUUAAUGUAGUUCUCUACGGUAAGAUCUACCGAGCGAUUCGUAAACAAGCCGCCGUUCUCCCCCGUGGAAUCCCUUCGCGGAUCAUCAGGCCUAAGGCUGAUUCCACCUGCACAGAGGGACCUGCGCAAGAUAAAAUAAACCCUUGCUGUCCAAAUAUGCCCGAUGCGGAUGACUAUUCCUCGCUUCAUCAGGGACAGGGUGAAUCUUCAACGGACACCAGGGCUUUAAACCACACCAAAAUCUCCGCUCUGGCCGCAACUUCGACCCAGCAGCAGAAGCAGCAACAGCAACGGCCAGAAACUCCCCCGACAGCCAGCCACAACGACUACGGACAAGAAACUCGUAACUAUACCACAGACCAAACAAUGGCAACGGUACCAGUCAGACAAAAUGGUGAUGGGCAAGCUGCAAAAGAUGGACCGUCUGCACAAAACAACGAUUCCGUACCCGGAUCUCGGUUUAAAAGCAAGACCACCAAAAUGUUGCUCGCCACAACCGUGGUCCUCUUUACCACUUGGUUACUGGGUCUAUGCCUUCUAGUCGUAUCAAUCAACGCACAAGCUGACACCAUAGGCUCUGCAUUCCUUUAUCUGUUUCGAUACAUCUUCUACCUAAACAACGCCAUUAAUCCGUUCAUCUAUGGCUUUAUGAACAAACGAUUUCGGGAGGAUUGUAAGAAAACACUCGCUUCUCUACGAUGCCGCUUUAAUUGAAUAAAUUAAGCACUGCCAAUGAACCUCUGUUCAUGCAAAUGACUAAAAUAGCUACUGAAAAAGCAGUUUUGUCAGUGGUAGAAGUAACGCAUUUUAAAAACAAAAGUUUGUAAGUACCUAUAGUGUGCAAGAAUAUUGUUGAUUUAUAUAUACUUUGCUGGUCUCAGGGCGCCAGUAUACUGCCCUCUUUGAGCCUUAUACUGACUGACAGACUCACUGGCUGACUUACUGACUGUGAUCCGGGCAGUUCUAUCGUAUAUGAUUACCCCGUAGUGCCAAUGCAUUGGCUGAAUCUGGCCAUUGUGUAGACCAGGUGCAUGAAAAGGCUUCCAGUGAAUAACCAUUAUGAAACAAAUAAAUGGAAUGCUGUGCCCUCUGGUGCUAGCUUUACCAGCUUUGCCUUAACUGUCUGUAAAAAAAAAGUGUAAAACACUGGCGAAUCAGAAUGGAAUUUGAUGAUGUGAACAAAUUUCCCACGUUUGAUUUCACUUAUGUAACUGUAUGAAAGUAUGACUUAAUUUUAUUCACAUGGCCACGAGAUCACAAUUCAAUCAAGUUGAACCAAAUUGCCUUUCUUCUGAGCGUUCCAUGUGGCUGUCAUAAACAGUCGGCGUAUUUUUUUAUAUUUUUUUUUUACGGUUUUUGUCUAAUAGUAAAUCCGAAGCUGUACCAAUUUUAACAUCUUUACGUACAGGAUAAAAUACGAAUGUGGAUAAAAGAAUUAAAAAUUGGAACAAUCCUCCCAAGCAGCUUUAUAUAGCACCCCAAUGCUUAUCCUCGCGUUAUUGAAAAUUAGGCAAUUAACCUUUCAACUUAAACUGCACACAUUUACAUAACAAAACAAAACAAAAUCUGUUUUCAUGUAUUUCUCGCGCGCAAGUAUUUCAGGGUACAACAUUUUAGUUCUCAGAAUUCCAGCCGUUGGAGUGCUAGCCUUGA